UUGUGUGUUUUGCUGCUAUGGGUGUAUGAGGAGGGAGGCUGUUAUCAUGGCUGCUUCCUUAGUGCGGUGGCUUAAAAGAUUGUACGUUUUCUUGUUGGUGUGUCCUCUCUGUGUCCCGUCCUUCUUAAAUUUAGAGGAGCUGAAUGACAUGAAAUAUGGAAUUCAAAUUCUUCCUGAUCCCGUCAUCCUGGGGCAGACCAAAACAGAGGAGGUUAUGAUGGUGUCUAGCAAAUACAAGCAGCUGUAUGAGUGUCGACUUCCAGCGCAAGCAGUCCGGUUUCAUCAGGACCCUGCUUCUGAGCCUGACUCACAAGGUUAUACUGGACCAGAUAUCCCAGACCUUCUCAGCCCAAUGCACAGUGCUCCAUGUCUAGUGAAGACAAAGGACUGGUGGACAUAUGAGUUCUGUUUUGCUAAACACAUCAGACAGUACCACCUUGAAGACACAGAAAUUAAAGGGGAUUUACUUUUUCUUGGUUAUUAUGAGUCUGAAUUUGAUUGGAACAACGAAACAGCCAAGGCUUCCAAGCACCACCGGCUGAAGCGCUACCACAGUCAGACCUAUGUAAAUGGCUCUAAGUGUGACCUAAAUGGAAGUCCUAGAGAGACUGAAGUGCGGUUCAUUUGUGAGGAAGGCUCCAGUGAUUACAUUGCUCGGGUGGAUGAGCCUCAGUCAUGCCGCUAUGUGCUCACAAUUCACACCGGUCGCACUUGCCAGCAUCCAUUCCUGCGGCCACCAUCCACUGCCAAGCCCCAGGGUAUCGUGUGCCAGCCUGCAUUAAAUGCCCAGCAGUACAUGGAUUACGUUAAGGCCCAAGUCUCUGACACAAAACGUAAAGUAGAGCAGAUCUCAGAGGAGCUAAAGAGUCUCGAUGAGAUGUUGGCUGGUAAUGAAGGAGUAACAACAGCAGAGAAGUCAUCUGCACCCAGUGAUGGCCCAGACCAGUCAGACCAAAAAGAAAAUGCUAACAUAUCUGAGGAUGCAGGAUCAGAUGAGGUAGAGGAUUCAGACUUCUGGGAAGGAGUCACAAAACCAGCGAGUUCAAAAACAACCACUUCCCAGAAGGAUGGUCAGGCAGCAGAUGAUGAAUAUGGCUCAUUCACAGACAAUGAAGUCAUUGAUGAAGGUGAUGAAGUAGAAAAAUUCAACUUUAAAAUCAUCACUGAUCCUGCAGAUCUGAUGAAGUUUGUUCAACACCUCAAAGAGAGUAACAGGAAGAAAGCACAAAACCAAGCCAAAAGUGGAAAUGACAAACAAACAAGUCAAAGUGUAACAGAGCAGCACAAUGAAGAAGAUGAAUUGGAGGAAUUUGAGAACGAGAUGGCUGAUCUCUCUGUGCCAUCAGAUAAGAUCGAAGAAAUAAAGGAAGAAAUGCAGAAGGAGUUCGACAACAUUAUAAAUGAGGCCCAGCAGGAAUUGGAGACUGAGGGCCUGAAGGGGGAGUUUGAUCGCACUCAAGCAACACAGGCAUUGGAGACAACACUGGACAAGCUACUCGACCAUUUGGAGGAGAAGGAUGUGCCAGAUCAGGACACAAAAGGAGAUCAGAGGCCAAGUGACCCAACAAGGGGCAGCCCCAGCUUGGCUCCAAAGCAGCCAGACCAAGCAGCUGGAGACCAAGUUAAGAUCAAAAUUACUAAGUAUAAGACAGGCGUCAGCUCUGAUGAGGAGGUCAAAGUUCAGGAGAUGGGCGAAGGAGACCCCCAGUGGCAGCACAUAAAGGACGUGGUUAAAGAACAGCUAGAGAAAGCAGGACUGAAGGCCGAAGGUAAAAUUGAGGUGAAGAUCUUGACAAGAAAGAAUGCAGAGGAGGCAGGUGAUCAGUGGCUGACUGAAGAGGAUACAAAGUCCUUCAGGGAGCUCCUCAUAAAUCUCUUGACAGGAGGCACAGAAGAGGUAUACAAAGAGCAGAAGAGGCAGCAGGAACUGGAGAACAAUUAUAGGUUUGUGUGGGGAGAUUCUCAGGAGGAGUCCCAGUCAUCCAGCACCUCAGACUCAGAUGAUGUGGACAUUUGAGUUCAUUCAGUCCACUGCACCUUAUGCAGACCUGCAGGGAGGGGACAUUUGCAAAGGAACCCACAUGAUUCAGUUCUCUUCAUCUGUUUGCACAUUCAGAAGUCCUGUUUGUGUUUGUGCUUUGGCCUGGCAAUAUGUGUUUUAUUACGCACCAUUCGUGUGUUGCAUGAUAAAACCACAACGUGUCAUGUCUUCUUGUGCAGCUGAAGGACCGGCUCCCUUUUUAACGGGAGUCAGUUUUGAUAGAUGUCUAGAAAAGCCACGUGACAGACAAUGUGUAGAUUUUUUUAGAAAUACUUCAGUGAGUUUUACUGGAUAUUUGUUGAGAAAUUGUCUGCUGAAUAUUGUGCCCACAGAUAAAUUACUACUAGCAUUCCUGCUGGUCACGAGAGGAUUAGAAAUUCCACAGGUUUGUUUGUGUUACAGAAGUUCUUGUAAACAGAUAGUGGCACUUUAUACUUUUGAAACAAGCUUCUGUAAGCAGAUAUAUCACAAUUCCACAAAUGUUUUGGGUUCUGCCUAGCUUUUUCUAUGUUCUCAUAAAGGGACUUAAAAGAACAGCACGCAACUGAGUUUGAAAAGAUAAAUCUGUUAAGUGUGUACUUUCUGUUUCUGACAAGAGCUUACUAUAGUUAAUUUACACUAGGUUAGCAAAGCUAUGCCAAGACAGCUAUAGAGUCAGUCAGACACAUUGUACCAAGAUGAUUUAUUUGCAUAAAACUUUUCUAUCCUUCAGAGUUGUACCAACAAGGGCUUAAUUUAUACAGUAUGUGAAUAAUUGUGGCAACUUGGAACUCUACGUGUACAUAAUUACUGUGGGAAUAUGUUUCUGCAAUGAUCUGUUGUAUAUUAGCACAAAAUGGGGUUGAGUCGCCCGAGUAAACAUGUUAAAACACUC